AUAACGCGGGGAUGAGCAGCUGAGAGGCAGUGCAUAUGCAUGAUGGAGUGGGGGUCGGCGUGGUUCUCGUUUUUGUUAGCCUUGCUUGACCUGAAAGUUAAGAAUAUCACAUAGUACUGGAACAAAGAAGACCAUGUGAGAUAAGAUGAAAAGUAUCUUGAAAAAUUCUAGUGAUUCUGACGGCGGCAAACGAAUUCUAAGCUCUGUGGCAGAGGUGGUCCGAAGACUUGAUGAGGGGUUACGGCAUGCCAAAACUGUGCAGGAGGUGCUCACCCCUGCCAACAAUGGACUCAGGCUUCGGCUGAGGGAGCUCUGCGAGCAGAUGAUCGUGUCUGACCCGGAGGACAGCGGCCGCAAAGCUGAGGACCUGCUCUGGAGGAAGGUCCACUAUGAACCCUACAGCCGCGCCAAACAGAUAGGCCAGACGUUUCCGCUGGGCCAGUACGAGACGGGCCUGCUCAUCUGCCAUCUGCUGGCCGGCAUCGGAAGCUACCAGCAGCUGACGCUCAACCUCGAGACCCAGCUGGGCGUCGGCGGCAGCCACCGGGUGGACUUGGCACUCUGCCAGCCGCAGGGCAUGACCCGAGAGACGGUGACGGUCCGGGCGUCCGACUGUAGCGGCCAGGUGUCGGCCUGGGGCCAGGCCGCCCUUGCAGCGGAUCCUCACCAGCACCGGUGACCUGGCGCGCUACCUCACCGACCUGCGUCCGGACGAGUACCCGGCCUCGCUGGCGGCGCGCUACUACAACCAGGCGGUGCUGAUCAGUCCGUCGGUGGGCCGGCCCCACAACCAGCUGGGCACGCUCGCCGGCAAUGCCUCCCACGGCCUCGAGGCCGCCUACCACUACCUGCGCUGCCUCACCUGCCACGAGAGCUUCGACGGCGGACAGCUCAACCUGCGCAAGCUGCUG